AUGGAGCGGUGUCGGCCUUGGGUGUGCUUGGUCGAUGGGUGCACGUCCGACGUCGACGUCGCGAACACCUUCCUGGAGAUCACCGUCGCAGAUACCCUCGCAGAGUGGCUCACGACAGAUCCCAGCGCGGCUGACAACGUCAAGCUCUACUGCGAGGCAGCGGAGCUCGUCUUCGCAUCGCUGCCCGAAGACGCGGAGCUCGGCGACCACUCUGCUACAGUUUACCUCGAGAUGACUUCAGCGAUUCGAGUGUUGCAGGCGACGUCCUUGACAGCGGACACUAACAUGCAGGUGUACGUGGACGCGCUCCUGACGAGCGCCAGCGACUUCUGGGCUAAGAAGUUGAAGUGGCUGACGGAGCACGCAGAUGCCGUCACGAAGAACGGCGGCCAGGUGAACUCGGCCAUCGCCGGGCUGGAGCGGAUGGACGCUAACCUGUCGGAGCAGCGCGCCAAGCUGCUCAAGCGCAUCGUGGACGACGCACCGUACUGGGAGGCCGCCAUGCACAUGGGCUGCGCGGACGAGUGCAAGGCCAUGGUCCUCAACAGGUCCAUCUUGCAGUGCAAGGCGCUCACUUCUGAUUGCGAGACAACGCUCGCGCAGGCGGAGCACCACGUGGAGGAGGGUUUGCAAGAUGCUACGCCUGCCGACGUCGAGCGCCACGCCAGGGAACUGACCCGUGCCGUCCAGAAAGCGAACCACAACGCCCGCAGCACUGCCCUUGAGAAGUUUCACGCUGGCGCGUUGCUGCAGGUGGCUGACGCCGUGAACCCUGCGAGCGAUCUUGUCCAGAAGGUCGGGGCGAAGAUCGUCAGCGUCCUGUGCGAGAAGACAAGGCAGGACUUCGCGAACCUGAAGAAGAGCGCUGAGGAGGCGGCUGGCGUCGCUGCGUUAAAGAAGGAGUGCGACAAUUGUACGACUCUCAAUGCCGCGCUCGACCUCUACCGCCUCGGCCUGUACGGGGCGCCCGUCAACGAGUGGCUCGACCAGGCGUGCACCAUCGAGGGGGCCUUGGCGACCGUGGCGGGCAAGGCGACUGAGCACUCGCUGCCAAGCUACUCCACCGAGGCGACCGCAGGCAUCACCGAGGGAAUCGUGGUCAUCCGCGCGCUCUGCAUGAGCGCAGAGCUCCUGACGGCGUUCGGCACGGAGUCGCUCCAAGCUAACAAGAUAGCCAUGCGCAACAGCUGCACGAAUACACAGCCCAAGCUCAGGAAGUUCGGCAUCCAGCCUGAGUCACUGCCGCGCGUCGUUGUGUCUCGGUACAGGGGUGCGCUCAAGAUGCGGUGA